CUACAGGAGUUGCGCACGGCCCAGAAAGCCGUGAUCGGGAUCUCCUGAGCGGCAGAUAUCAUGCUAUUCUAUGGUCAAGACCCCAAGCCAAACUCCAUAUCGUCACGUUAUGAGAGUUUGGACAUGCCUGAUCUGGCACCCCUCCGACACGAUCCUGAUCUGAUCUACCCGCCGAGCAUGGGGUCUGCGGCUCAUCGACCAGGAGCUCUCACGGAUGCCCUGUCGUCCGGGCACCCGUAUCUGACUUGGACUCUAUCCCUCUUCCUUGUUUUCGGUUGCCUUCUUCGCCAAUCUCUCGUUUGCUCUUUUGUCUCCAGCUCCCCAGGCGGGUAGACCUGUCCUUUCCUUCUUUUAUACUCUCGUUUACAUAUACAAGGUCGACUGACCCAGAUCCAUUCCUUUUGUCCUUCUGGGUUUCGACUCUCGUUUCCUUUCGAAGGCGCUGGCGCUGAGCGCUGGACGCUACUAGACACCCUUUCCAUUCUUUCCGUCAGCUUGAUCCCGCUUCAUUCGGUCAUUCACUCAGGGAUUUCGAUUUCUCCGUUCGCGGUGCAGGACGCUGCUCGUCCUACUUCCUACAGUGGACAUUUUUCAUUCUUCUUAAAAGUCAUCCGAGUCGACCAGACCCAGCACAACGUCGGUGCCAAAGAUGCAGACUCGAGCCGUCCAAGUGAUUUUGCUCAUAUGUUCCUUGAUCUUGGCCAUCAUCAUUCUCAUUGCCUCGUCGAAAUAUGGGGCGUGGGCACACGAAAUGGUUCCGGGAGCAAGCAGAUGGCUACCCCUGGUAUUCUACGUCGGAACCAUUCCCUUCAUCUCGCUACUGUACACGGUCUCUCAUUUGGCCGCCUUGCAAUUCAACGGCCUGCCCUGCCCGCCAUAUCCCGACGGCCGCGGCGGGGCGUCGACAUCUCCGAGACAGUCCCGAAAUCCGCAGCCAUACGACGCCAACUACACGGUGACGACGACGUUUUUCGUUUUCUGCGUCUCCAUCGUGCACACGCUGAUGUGGUUCGCCCAGUCGGUGCUGUGCACGUCCUGCGAACUCGCGCCCAUCCUGGCGGGCCACCAGGGCCAGGUGCCGCGGUGGUGUCCGCAGUCGCGAUUCCACGACACGGGCAACCCGGGCCUGGCCAACAUGCUGGGCACGCUCGCGACGGUCAAGGAUUUCCUGCAGUGGGCGAUGGUCGCGCUGGCGGCGGGGCUGGUCGAGUGCGCGCGCCGCGAGUGGAUGCGGGCCGAGCACGUGCGCGGCCUGCACGUGCGGACCAUGGGGGCCGGGGUGGACUUUGGCGGCUACGGCGGCGGCGAAGGAGAGAACUUUCCUAAGAAGACGACGCUCGGAGGAGCAGCCGGGGCUGUCGAGCUCAGCAACAUCUCCGGGCCGAGGCUCGUGUUUCGCGCCGAGGAGGAGGCAGCAGCGAGGCAGCGGGAGCGGGAACAGGAGGAGACGCGGCGCCGGCAGGAGGAGGAGGAGAGGAAGAGGCAGUGGGCCAGUGGGAACGGGCCGCUGCCGACGACGACGAGGACGACGGGGAACGGCGUGGUGGCAGCGGUGCCCCCUCCGAACAAAAAGGACAAUUACUACGGCAACGGCAUGGGGUUGAAGCGAAGCGGGACGCUCAACCACAUGUACGAGUCGAGGGUAUGAUUUGGUUGGCUGGCUGAUUGCAAGCAAGACUCUGUGCCUCGCGGCUCGAGAUCUCCCUGACGUUGGGAUCUUUUUAGAAAAGGCCAAGGGAAGGGAUACGCGCGUGCAGUCAGAAAGGAAGCUGAGAGGACGUCGUGCGUGUUGCGUGUACGUGUACGUGUGCAGAAUAUACCGUGUCUUGGAUAUGGAUAUGGAUAUGGAUGUGUGAGCAACAGAUUGUCUCCUGGACUGGACGAUAUACGCGAGAGAGGAGAGACUGUGUACAAGUACGGAAUACGGAAUACCGGGUCCAGAAAGCAGAGAGUAUCAUGCGGCCCUCAGAGGUUGCUUUAUACAAUCCUCGUC